CCUGCCGAGGCCCCGCCCCCAGCGGCGGCUCCAUGGCAACGGCGGGGGGCGUCACGUGACCGCGAUGGACAGGGCCCGGCUCAGGGUGGAGCUGCUGGAGGGGGAACUGCAGAGGGCGGGGGCGGCCCUGGGGGGGUCCCUGGGGGUCCUGCCCCACCUGCGCCGGGAGCUGGAGGGGCUGCGGGGGGAGCGGCGGCGGCUGCGGCGCCUCCUGAGGCGGCGGCUCCAGGAGCUGGAGGAGACCCAGCAGCAGAUCGAGGUCGAGCUGGAGCGAGCGGCAACGACCCAGAGUGACAGGGUCCCGCAGGGGUCCCGGGGGGGGUCCCGGGGGUCCCGGGGGGCGCAGGACGAGGCCGAGCGGGAGCGGAGCCGGCGCCGGGAGCGGCAGCGGCGCCUGCGGAGAUUCCUGGGGACCAAGGAGAGAGCGCGGCCACCCGCGGCACGGCCCCAGCUGAAGCCCCGAGCCCCCCCAGAAACCCCCGAGGACCCCCCUGAGGGGAUGGGGGAGGGGCUGGAGCCCCCCAGAGAGGAGGAGGAGGAGGAGGAGGAAGAGGCCUGGAUGGACGGCGAGGCCCAGAGCUUCUCCCAGUUCCUGCUGCUGACGGAGCAGCACCGGGAGCUGCAGGAGCUGCAGCAGCAGGUGGAGCAGCUCCGGGCAGCGGUGGCAGCCGCCGAGACCCCCGAGGAGCCGGGGGGACCCCCGGGGGACCCCGAGAUUGAGAUCCGGGAGCUGCGGGAGCAGGAGAGGAGGGGGAGGGAGGAGCUGGAGCACCUGCGGGCAGGGCUGGAGGAGCUGCUGGCCCAGCUGGAGGAGGGACAGGGGGACCCCGACCCCCCCGGGGACCCCCCCGGGGACCCCCGCGGGGACGGGGACCCCCUGUGGGAGCAGCUGCGGCGCCUGGAGGUGGGGGUGACCCGGCUGCUGUUGCGGGGGGGGGCACCCCCAAACCCGGUCCUGGCAGGGAACGAGGUCAUUUGGAGCCGCCCCCCCCCCUCCACGCCCCCCCAGCCCCAGGGAGGACCCCGCGGUGGGGGAGGAAGAGGAGGAGGAGGAAGAGAGACCCCUGAGCCCCGGAGAGCUGCGGGAGAGGGUCCUGCGAGAGGUGCUGAGCCGCGAGGGACCCCUCCCCACCCCCCGGCUGAAUUUGGGGGGUCCCUGAGCGCCCCCCUCCCCCACACCGGACGUCGGGGUCCCCCCACCCAGCCAUGUUCCUGUCCUCCCCCCACCCCGCUGCCAUGGCAACCGAGUAAAUAUUUGGGGCGGUCGCGGUCGCGUUGCCCCCGGCAACGGCCAAACUUCCCAAAACAGCGCAAAACGGCCCAAAACGAGCCCGGGAGGGAGGGGGAAGUGGGGGGAGGGGCGGGGGCGCCGCCCUUUGUCCCCCGUGUCACCCACCCGCGGGCGGGGGUCACACGUGGGUGCCCCUCCCCCCCUUUGGGGACACCCCAGGGACCCCCCCAGAGCCCCCCCGUUCGUGGUGAUGCCCUGACGUCAUUGCCCGGGACCCCCUGACGUCACACCCCUCUGGCCACGCCCCGGUGGGCACCGCCCGGAGUGACACGGCGGGGACCGGCCCGGCGGAGCGACCCGAAUCCGCCCGAGGGGACCCGAACCGUUUGGAGCCGAACCGCUCCGGAAACACCCGAACCGUCCCGAAACACCCGAACCGGGAGCGUCCCGCGCGAAGGGGCCCGAACCCGCCCGAGGCGAUCCGAACCCGCCUGAGGGACCCGAACUUGGAAGAGCCGAACCGGUCCGGAAAGACCCGAACUUAGACUCAAA